AUGGGUAAGGGACAGCCCCGUGGUUUGAACGCCGCCCGCAAGCUCGCGACCACCCGUCGCGAGAACCGUUGGGCCGACUUGCACUACAAGAAGCGCCUUCUCGGUACCGCCUACAAGUCCUCCCCCUUCGGUGGUGCUUCUCACGCCAAGGGUAUCGUCCUCGAGAAGGUCGGUGUUGAGGCCAAGCAGCCCAACUCCGCUAUCCGCAAGUGUGUCAAGGUCCAGCUCAUCAAGAACGGCAAGAAGGUCACUGCUUUCGUCCCCAACGACGGUUGCUUGAACUUCAUCGAUGAGAACGACGAGGUCCUCCUCGCCGGUUUCGGUCGUAAGGGUAAGGCCAAGGGUGAUAUUCCCGGUGUCCGCUUCAAGGUCGUCAAGGUCUCCGGUGUCGGUCUCAUGGCCCUCUGGAAGGAGAAGAAGGAGAAGCCCCGCUCUUAA